AUGGAACUCAAUGCAUUUUUAGCACAUGGUACCUCAUUUUCAUUGCAAGAUAUAUUGAUGAACUGUUCAGAUUAUUCAACAGCAUGGAUAUGUAGAGAAUGUGAUAUUUAUUCAAAUUUAAUGAAAUUUAAUGGACUUAAAGAAUGGGAUGGGAUUAGAACGGAUUGCAAAACAGUUGAAAGUCAUAUGGAUGUGGUUGAAAUUCCAUUUUUUUAG